AUGGAUCCCAAGGGGCUCCUCUCCUUGACCCUCCUGCUGUUUCUGUCCUUGGCCUUUGAGCGCAGCUAUGGAACAGGCACAGGUGUGAUGAACUGUCCAAAGAUUCUCCGCCAGCUGGGAAGGAAUGUGUUGCUGCCCUUGACGCAUAAAGGGAUAAAUAAGAGCAUGAACAAAAGCAUCCACAUCGUUGUCACGGUGGCAACAUCACCAGAAACCAGCAUCAAGACGAAAAUAGUGUCUCUUUAUCCAUCGGAAGGAGGCCCUCCACGUUACCUAAAGGACCGCUACAAGUUUUACCUGGAGGACCUGCACCUGGGGAUCCAGGACAGCAGGAAGGAGGACGAGGGAUGGUACUUUAUGACCCUGGAGGAAAACGAUUCAGUUCAGCACUUUUGCCUGCAGCUGAAGCUUUAUGAGCAGGUCUCCACUCCAGAAAUUAAAGUGUUAAACCAGACCCAAGAGAAUGGGACCUGCACCUUGAUGCUGGCCUGCAUGGUGGAGAAAGGAGACGACGUGGCUUACAGCUGGAGCAAGGAGGUGGACACUCACCCUCUGAGCCCAGCCAACAGCUCCCACCUCCUGUCCAUUACCCUCGGCCCCCAGCAUGCCAACAACACCUACAUCUGCACUGCGAGCAACCCCAUCAGCAACAGCUCCGAGGCCAUCAUCCCAUGGUCCAGAUGCAGCCUAGGACCCGUGGAACCAAGCCCCCAGUGGGGACUGUAUACUGGGCUGUUCUUAGGGGGUGUCAUUGGUGUCGUCAUGAUUCUCGAAGUGGUAAUACUACUGUUGAAAAGAAGAGGUAAAACGGACCAUUACCAGCCAACAAAGGAAGCAAAAAGCCUUACUAUCUAUGCCCAAGUCCAGAAACCGGGUGCUCUUCAGAAGAAACCUGACCCCCUCCCAGCUCAGAACCCCUGCACUACCAUUUAUGUUGCUGCCACAGAGCCUGACCCCGAGUCUGUCCAGGAACCGAGUUCCAUCACAGUCUAUGCCAGUGUGACACUUCCAGAGAGCUGA